GUCACGUCGUCUCAUUGUUCAUAAUCAUAAUCAUAAUCAUCUUCUUCUAAUGCAAAAUUAGUCCCUUUUUCCCUCCUUAAUCUUGUCCCUAAUCAUUCUCUUACACAAAAACAACCAAAUAAUCUCCAUCAUAAAAUGAGAUCAGCCGAUGCUCCCAAUUAACAUCCUCCAAAACCAACCCCCAUGUUCAUCUAUUACAGAGAAUGUCUCAAGAAUCACGCCGCCACCGUCGGCGGCCACGCCCUCGACGGCUGCGGCGAGUUUAUGCCUUUACUUACUGCCACACCCUCCGAUCCCACUUCUCUAAAUUGCGCAGCCUGUGGUUGCCACCGCAACUUCCACCGCCGUGAACCGGAUGAUAAUCUCCCCACCCACCGACGUUUCCAAUCAUAUCGCCUCUGCACACCGCCGUCGCCGAAGCCUCAAAGCCCAUCCUCGCCGAUCCCUUUACAAAUUUCGCACAUCCCACCGCCAGUUCACUUCUCCGCCCCUCAUAUGUUGCUGGCAUUGAGCACCGACGCGGCGGCGCAAGAGCAGCGUGGCGGUCGAUUCAACCCAAAACAGAGGAAGAGAAACAGGACCAAAUUCAGCAGGGAUCAAAAGCAAAAGAUGCGAUCUUUCUCCGAGAAAAUGGGAUGGAAAAUUGGGAAAUGUGAUGAAAGGUUAGUGGAGGAAUUCUGUAAUGAAAUUGGGAUCGGAAAACGGGUGCUCAGAGUUUGGAUGCAUAAUAACAAAUACAUGGGAGGAAGAACAGAGAAAAACAGAGAUUCUCAGAGUAGCGAAAAUGGAAAGGAUGACUCAAAACAGAGCUCAUAACUUAACUUCUCCAUUAAUUAAUCCUUGAACAUGUUCAUGGGAAGCAAUUAUUUAGGGAACAUUUUGGGAAAUUUAGGGAGUUAAGUGAAUGAGUUCUUAAUAGUUGCAUAAACAUGUUUGUUGUCUCUGAAGAAUCUCGUACUCUUUUGUAUAUUAUUACGUUUCCUGCAGCUGGUUCUUUGC